UGACUUCAGUACUCCCCUAUUAAACUCUAUGACGAGGAAAAUGACAAUUACAGAUCUUCAUAUGAUAUGAUAUGAUACUAUCAUAGCUCUACUACUUCUCUCAAACCAGAGUUUCACAAACUGCUUCACAUUUUUCAGUACAACUGCUCUCUUCGCUUUACACCAUGCUUGAUCAGUGCCAAAAGUUCCCUAGAAAUCAGCUCUAUGUAACCUGCCAUGUCCACAGCAGACACGAGAGUGCAGAAGACAAAGAGUUCGGUUUCUGUAGUGCAUGGGAGUUUCAAGCUCAAGCAUGUAUUGAAGCAGAUCUCGGUGCUCACUCACCACGGUUAUGGGAGACAAACACCAAAUACGAGUCUUCUCCUUUGCUCCCCCAAAACCAUCACUACAGUGAUCUUUCUCCCACGUCACGCAGAAGGGUGAUUCUUGAAAGCAGGAGUGAACUUAUGCAGAUGAUUCAAAACAUGCCAGAGUCAUAUCAUGAACUUUCUCUGAAAGAUAUUGUUGAUGAGCAACAAGGUAUGCAGAAGGCUGGAGAAGGCACUGAUGUUGAAGAGAAGAGUUUCGACUUCAACACUCAAGCUCAAAUUAAGAAGCAGAAGAAGAAAAUAACAUACAAGACUAGACAGAUAUCGCGGACUUCAAGUAUGGAAAGCGAAACUUUCCUAAUCAAGAUGUUCUUUCCAACUUUUCUAGGCUCAAAGAAGAAAGCAAAAGUAGCUGGGAAUCGCUCAAAAGUUUCCCCAAGGCCAUCAUUUGAAGAACCUGAGAACCAUAAAGAUUUGUGUGUUGAAGGCACAAGCAGCGGAAGAAGGUUUUGUGAGGACGAUACCUUACCUGGUUGCUGGACCUUCUUCCGGAGCAAGAAAGGCAAAAGCAAAAGACUAAGGGCAUGCUGAUUCUAAUCAAUUUGUGUAUUAAUUUAUUUGUUGUGGAGCCACUGUGUAGAUCUUUCUCUAGCUGGAAACCGAAACCAGCAAAAUAAAUGAGAAAAUGUUUUACAAUUACAAUUGGAAUCUAACAGAAACCAAGAACUAUUCUCUGCAAGUGAUUUCACUCGUUGUAAGCAUCUGUACUGCUGCUAGGUUACUUUAUCAUGUCGUCAGAAACAAUCCAUAUACCAGUUUACAUGAACACUCACCGCACGCCUACAUCAUGAACCUUGAUUUUGGAAAGCAGAACAUCAUUGACUAGCAACGGCACUGUUACACAGCCAUUUCCAAAUUUUGAAGCAAACAGAAUUUUCUCUAAUAAAAAUGUAUCUGGGAAUUUUGCAGGUCUAAAAAAAUUGCAAAAGUCCAGACUUGGG